GGUGCCAUCGUGAACUCUUCAUGCGAAGACCUGCAACUUCCACCUGAAUUACCUAAACGGUAUUACAUCAACUCUUUCGUGCACACUCGUUCACAAAUACAGGCAUUCUUCCCGAGUUGCUCAAAGUCCUAUAUGAAGGAAGUGACGUCGAAGUUCGACAUUGAACGUCUCGGCAAAGAGAAUUCCACAAAUCUGCUGCAAUUCUCCGUCCGAAAUGACGUCAUUGUCGCGUAUCGAUCGAUAACUGAUCAAUUCUAUAAUCGAUUGGCUGUUAUGGACUGUCUACUCAUUACUCGGAGCGGAUUUGUACUGGCAUCAUCGACCACACGUACACCUGGUCCGCUGGCUCGUUUCGACCCUCAGCUGUUUGCAAGUCUCGUGGAAAACAACCUGGUCACUACGCAUUCGUGGGUAGAUGCACAAGCUGAGUGUAUGGCGAGUAGAUCCGCCCCAUGGUCAAGUCCGGCUACACGUCGGAGCAACAUCUUCAGAACGAUCAUCGAUACCAUCUCAACUCUCAUAGGGAAGACCUUUUGGAUCGACCUUUACUACCUGCUCACGUCAUUCGUCGCUGGACAACCAUCAAUGUCCGGAGGAAUAUGUCGUUUUCAGCGGAUUAAGCCCGUCGAGAGAUGUUUCCUACGUCACACUAGCUACAAAAUGACCCUCAAUAUAAGCAAGCAAAUACAACUGAGUGACAUGAAAUGCGCCAGGUCAGUGAUUCACUUUUCACGACUAUCAGUUACUACAAUACUUUGUGUUUUGUAUUACGCUCAGGGUGUUCCCGGUGCCUCAUACAACACUAACAGUAAUUACGAGUGGAUCGUGCCUGUCCAGGCUAUCGAGCCAAGAAGAAAUACCCUGUGCAGCCGCAAAUAUGAACCCACACCCGAGUGUCUUCUUGGUGAUUCUGCAGGUGACACAGAGUCAUCAAUAGCUUUCAUAUUUCCAUUCAUUUGUGCAGUGCUCUCUUCACUCUAG